UCACCACAACUACAUGUCGACCAAGUGCCAACUAGGGGUGUAAGUUCGAUUUUUGGUUUGGUUUUAGGUCAAAACCAAACCAAACCGAAAUAAAUUCGGUUUUGAAAUUUCCAAACCAAAUCCAAACCGAAAUUCGACUCAAUCCAAACCAAACCAAACCAAAAUAUGAAACCAAAAAUCAAACCAAACCAAACCAAACCGGAUUUUUUUUAUCUUUCAAAAUCUAAACCAAAACAAACCAAUUUUUUUUCAUAUUCCAAAAUCCAAACCAAACCGAAAUGAAAUUAAAUCAAACCAAGAUAAAAACCAAACCAAAUUUAAACCAAACUUUCUGAUAAUUUGUAUUUUAAGUGACAAUAUUUUUGUAUUUUCGUAAUUAAUAUUAUAAAAAAGAAACACAAAAAAAAAAUAGACAACAUUCGUAUGUUAAGUGACAAUAAUUUGGUUUUUUCAGUUUUCCAAAACCAAAACCAAUCCAAACCGAAAAACCAAAAAAAAUAAUUUUUUUGAAUCCAAACCAAACCAAAUUUCCAAAAAAACCAAACCAAAUUACUAAUUCGGUUUGGUUUGGUUUGGUUUUCGGUUUUUAACCAAAUAACUUACACCCCUAGUGCCAACAAGGCAACAGCCAAUAGGUACGUCGCUGCCUAUAUAACACUUUACCCUUCGCUUGGUCACUGGUCAGCACGCUUAUGUAAUUAUGUUUACAAAGUAAACAAGAUAUUUCCAACCCAUGAACUAAGGAAGAAUUCUACCAAGUGUUGUACUGUUGCAAAUAAGACCUCCCCGUUGAAUUUUCUUCUCAUAUAGAGGUGUAUAUGGACGGCUGGCCUGUAUCAUUUGAUUGUUGAUUACUUCUCAUUUCUAAGUUCUAAUCUUAAAUGAUGUCACUGAUCUACGAGGACUAUUCUCGCCGGUCCUCUCCGAUCCCAUCCUUCCUAUACUCGUCCUCCUCGUUAACAAUUGAUCAAGCAGUGUAAAAAAAUAGUAGUGCAAUAAUGGUAGGAGCUCCAAGUGAGAAGAUGAAGAUGUAUUCACCAAGUUUCUAUGCAGCUUGUACUGUUGGUGGAAUGCUUUGUUGUGGUCUUACUCAUACCGCUGUCACCCCUAUGGAUCUGGUUAAGUGCAACAUGCAGAUUGAUCCAGCAAAGUAUAAGAACAUAACCUCUGGGUUUGGAGUCCUCAUCAAAGAGCAAGGCUUUAAGGGAUUGUUUAAGGGUUGGGCUCCAACCUUUUUCGGUUACAGUGCUCAAGGAGCUUUCAAAUAUGGAGGUUAUGAGUUCUUCAAGAAGUACUAUUCUGAUGUGGUGGGUCCUGAGUACGCAUCGAAAUACAAAACCUUGAUAUACUUAGCUGGCUCUGCAUCUGCAGAGGUGAUUGCUGAUGUUGCCCUUUGCCCAUUCGAAGCUGUUAAAGUUCGUGUGCAGACUCAACCUGGCUUUGCUCAAGGUCUGUCUGAUGGCCUCCCUAAGAUUGUCAAGUCUGAAGGUGUUAUGGGAUUGUACAAAGGACAAGCUCCUCUUUGGGGGCGUCAGAUACCAUAUACAAUGAUGAAGUUUGCAUCAUUUGAGACAAUUGUGGAGCUUUUAUACAAACAUGCCAUUCCAACACCUAAAGAUCAGUGUAGCGAAACAUUCCAGCUUGGUGUUAGCUUUGCUGGUGGAUAUGUUGCUGGAGUACUUUGUGCUGUUGUAUCACACCCUGCUGACAACUUGGUUUCUUUCCUUAACAAUGCUAAGGGUGCCUCUGUUGCUGAUGCCGUGAAGAAGUUAGGAGUAUGGGGUCUAUUUACGCGUGGUCUUCCUCUUCGUAUAGUCAUGAUCGGAACUCUUACUGGUGCUCAAUGGGGCAUCUAUGAUGCUUUCAAAGUGUUUGUUGGCCUGCCAACUACAGGUGGACUCUCUCCUGCUAUUGAGGCUGAAAAAUGAAGUAGUGAUUGACAGCAUGAUAUGGAACAGAACAUAGGAAUCAAGAGUCUUAGCCACAAAUUAUAUGAUUUUUUUCCAUAUCUGCGAUAGGGUUAUCAUGACCCAUUUAUUUAUAUAGAUAAGUAGAAUAGAAAUUUUGGAAAAUAGGAAUAGUUCUCAGUAUCAAAUCAUUAGUAAAUAAAGGCAUUACUAUUAUUUUU